CCGGUUCUAUUAAGAGAGAUGUCCACAACACAUGCCUUUUAUGGAUUCAGAAGAUUAACCUUUUUAUUAGUUCAUUAUAUAUAUGGAAAGAAAGAUAUUCUCAAUGAUUGAAGAGCAUAAAGAUAAUAUAUUUCUUUCAUUUAGUGUAGAUAAGAUAAGACUUGAUGCUUAGGGUUUGUAACCUUGAGCCGUUACAUAAGAGAUUCUAUAAGCAAAAAUGAACAAUGGUAGCUCCCCAAAAUCUCAGGAUAAAUCACAGAAGAUGAAGAAAUCGAUGAAACUCAAUGAGGACUCUGAUAAGGAGACCGUGGAACACAAGCAAGUUCCAGAGGAUGAGAAUCCAAAAACAGAUGCCAAAGAAGAAAAAGGAUCUCAGGGAGCUUCAGACAAGAAAGACAAAAAGGAGAAAGUUCCAGAGAAUGAGAACCCUAAGACAGAAGCCAAAGAAGAUAAAGGAUCUCAGGAAGCUUCAGACAAGAAGGAUAAGAAGGAGAAGGGCGUCGGUUGCUGCAAAAAAUGCAAGGCUAAAGCAAAGAUGACGAAGAAGAAACUCAAAGAAGAGGCGUCUGAUGAAGAGGAUGAGAAACAAAAACAGAAAACAGAGAAGGGGAGUCAGAAAACAGAUACCAAUGAGGAAAAAGGAACUAAAGGAACUUCAGAUGUGAAAGAUAAAAAGGAGACGAGCAUGAUAACAUGGCGACACAAGAGUACAAAGAAAGAUAAGAGUCAUGGUAAAAACUUGUGCAGCGUCAACCCUCCCUAUCAAACCGGUAGGUCUAUGUACCAUGGUAGACCCAACUUUUCAAACCCGUGGAACAUGUACGCACCACCGAGAGUUUUGUAUCCAGCAUUUGCGAAAGGGCCAAUGUAUGGACAAUGUGGUGGUGGUGGUGGUGGUCCAUUACAACCAUACCAGUCCAUGAAUCCAGCAGCUGCAAUGUACAGAGGUGCUAUAAUGUCACCAUAUCCUCCUAUGGCAGCAGCUAUGUAUCCUCCCUAUUGGCAAAGCAGACCGUUCACAGAUGCUAAUCCUAUCACGCGUUACACUACCUACAGAGACAACUACACUACCCACCGAAACAACUACUCUUACUUCUUUAUCUAA